AAUUAAUAUGUUCACUAUUAAAUUUCAGUUAUAAAAAGCCGACAUUAACCAAUCCUUGUGUGAUGUAAAAUGGAAAAUAUUGAUCCCAGAUUGAAUCCAGCAUACCAGCAACUUCAGAAAUCAUACAAAAUACUUCAACAGUGUCAAACAACAUGGAAAGAAACAUUAAAACAAUGUCAAGAAGAAAUAGAUUCUUUACAAAAUUUAUCUGAGCAAUACACCUGCUGUAAUGAAGCUGGUAUAGAUGUGCUUUUACUGCAGCUACCAGAUGUACGAGAAAAAUUGUUGUAUAAGAUAUCUCUUGAGAUUGACAAGAAGUUAAAUAAAUUACAAAUUAACAUUAACACAUUAAAAGACUGUUGUGAUAGAAUUUCCAAGCAGUAUGACUACAGUUCCAAUAUAUCAAGGGGUUUACCUCUGGAUCUUAUUACCAUGACAACAGAGACAAUACCAGCAUUUGCAGACAUGGUUGAAUGGUUAAAUGAUAUUGAUAUAAUGUUACAACACCAAUAUUGGGCUAAGAAGCAUCUUUUAGAUACAUAUACUGUCCAGAAGUUUGAUCAUGAUAAUUUUAUGAAAAUGUGGAAUAGUGGAAGUAAUGAAACAACACAGAAAGUGAAUGAUGCUUUGUGUUAUGUGAAGUUUUUGUUGGAUGAUACUUGAAGCUGUUUGUUAUUAUGGAUUCAACAUUCUUUUAAUACAUCUGCAUGGAUGUGAAUAAAGAAAAUACAAUGCUGGACAUGUUUUAUUGACAGUACUGUUUGUGUCUGGAUGAUGAUACAUCAUUAUUUAUACAAGUCAGAAGUAAUCUUGUG